AUGGCGGUGGAAGCGGUUCUUGAUGCGGCAGGGACGACGCGGUGGUGGCUGCAACGGAUCACGUCGCCACGACGAGAAGCAGCAGCGGCGCGGCGGCAGAGGAGGAGGAGGGUGUCAAUUCGGUGGUGCAGCAGCAGGAGCAUGGCCAAGGGUUGGCGAAGCGGAAGCGCUCCAGGCGCCGCCGCGACCGCGAGCAGCUGCGGCCCCGCAAGGAGCCCACCCAGGAGGAGUGAGUACCUGGCGCUCUGCCUCGUCAUGCUGGCCACUGCCCGCCGCGACAUCCCAGCCCCUGUCCCCGCGCCGCCGGCGCAGGGGCAGCAGGACCACGGCUGCUCCGUCUGCGGCAAGGCGUUCCCGUCGUACCAAGCGCUCGGCGGGCACAAGGCCAGCCACCGCACCAAGCCAUCGCCGCCGGCGCCGGCAAUGGAAGUAGUAGGGGAUCAUCACGAGGAACAGAAGCCGGUGCUGCCGUCCUCCUCGUCCGCUGGCUCUUCCGCCGACGGCGACAACAACAAACCCGCGGCGCACGAGUGCAACGUGUGCGGGAAGGCGUUCCCGACGGAGCAGGCGCUGGGCGGCCACAAGCGCUGCCUCUACGACGGCACCAUCGGCAGCGCGCGCGUCCUCCUCCUCCGCGGCCACCAGCAGCCGCGCCACGCCACCGCCGUCGGUCGCCUUCGACCUGAACCUGCCGGCGCUGCCGGACAUGAUGGUCCCCGAGCGGUGCUCCGCGGCGGAGGACGACGAGGUGCUCAGCCCGCUCGCCUUCAAGAAGCCUCGCUUCAUGAUCCCGGCUUAAUCCUUAAGCUCGUCGAUCAGAUCAACAGUAAAUCUGUUCAUUAA